CUCCAAUUAACCCAAUCACCCAAUUACUCAAAGCCACAGAAGAAAGUGCACUGUGCAGGCUGAAGCGCUGAUAUCCGAGACGCUGUAUGGAGCCUUUUCUGCUCUAGCAAUAUGCACUUCCUGCACACCAUCGAGGAAAAUGAUGAGUCUGAAGAACUCCUGCAGGAACCUGAAGGAGGAGGCCAGAAGGAGUCGGAUGAACCUUCAAAACAUGGCAUCAGAAAGUCAAGACAUGAGACUGACUCGGAGAGUUACGAGGCCACAAUGGCUUACUCGGAGAAAGAACCGGUCUCGCAUGGGAGGCGUGCUGACGGUGACCCUAGCACAGGUUUACCCUCAGUGGCCGUGAAGGAUCGGAGAAAACCACACGAUGAACCGAGUAAGAGCUUGAGCCCGUCGAGACGGAGAAACUCCAGGAGAAGUAGCUCCUCGACACACACGAUGUCUGAGAGAAGAAGCUCUUCAGCAGCUAGAAGCCCUAACAGAAGAAUCUCCUCAACACUACAGAGCUUUAGAAGAAUGAGCUCCUCAACUCCAGGAAGCACUUGGAGAAGGUCCUCCUCAGCGUGGAGUUCUCCGUCCUCAAGUGCACGACGUGAAGUUCUGAGAAGUCGUUCUCCAGCGCGCAUGUCUGGGCCUGUAGUCGGGAAGCGUGAUGCACAAAAGACUACUUCAACAAAGAGGACCGGUGAAAAAGCGCCAUCUUGUGCACGGAGACGGAGACGGCGUACACACCCAGCUCCUGCACAUGAUGACCUUCCUGCACCUCAGUGGCUCAUCGAUCUUAUGUUUGACAUUGAAGAAGCCAGCAAGCACGAGCUGACCGUGGAGUGAGAAUACAGUAUUCUCACAGUAUUGUAUAGAGAUAAGGCAGGUUAACUGAAGACUGGGGAUGCUUUAAAGGGGUUUUUUUUUUUUUUUUUUUUUUUUUUUAAAUUAAAAUCCUGUUAUUUUCAACACACCACUGUAAAACUACAUGUAAACCUAAAUAAACUGUCACAGUUAUUCUUUCCUCCUACAGCAGAGGUAAAAAUCCACCUCGAGCACCAACCGGUUCUAACCUGCUGCGCUUACAUAAGCCUGACGGGACAGGAAGAUUUCGUCUUGUUUUUCCAACAUCACUGUUGAUGGACUGUUUUCCUUUCUUCUUGCACAACCCUGUCCUGCGACACGGGGGCGCUUUGUUAAUCAUUGGCUCGGCGUCUGUAGCCUAUUAAGGCGAUGGAAAUUUCACAUACAGACUAAUUCCCAAAGAAGUCUUAAAGGGAGAACUACGGACGUGAGUGUCCUGGGUCUCUCGCAACACCUUAGCUCGAAUAAAGUUCAUCGACGUCGCACGUUUCGAA